AUGGGGAGGAUCAAGAAGACCGCCACCGAGCGUCAUGAGGCGACUAUCUCACCCUACAUUACCGACUUCAUCAAGACUUUGGUCGAGCUGCCUCUGCACAAGGUGCCCGAGCACAUCGCGUCGUUCCCACACAACUGGCCGUUCCCCAGAGGCGACCUCUACCACUGGAUCGCCCCGUUAAAUCGAUUCGACCGCAUUCUUGAUGGUUUCACUACCGUGUAUGCUUUGGACAAGGGCCCACAGACACAGCCAUUCGAGCUACGGCUACUGCAGAAGGGCGAUGCUGAGGAUAGUUCGGUGACCGAAGUAUCGGUGCAAGAGCUCGAGACAUGCGGAUAUUCAGCCGAUGGAGAUCGCGAGCUCGUAGAGAGCGUCCUCAACUUUACUCGUGUCCUGCUUGAGCGUUGUGGCAACCGCAGUCUGUAUGCUAGCAGCGCACAUCUCAACCACCUACUCAACACUUUCUCCCUCAGCCUGCUCAAAAUCACUCUUCGUGUUAGUUUGCGCUUGGCCCAGAGAUACCACACUUCGCGAAUGCGCGUUGCUUCGCCACACUCGCUCAACGCUCUACUGGCUGGCCAUUAUAGCAUCGAUCUGAACCGCAUUCAGAAGCUCGCCAACCCCUUCCCCAAGAAGCCCGUCGCUACACCCAUCUUCGGUCAAACUCCGUUAAAGAACAAGGAAAAGGAGGAUGCUGUCAAGCCUGGGGUCAACACUGCCGAUAUUGAGUCUUUGGUCAAGGCUAAGGAUGUUCCUCUGUCAUAUAAGGAAGAGCUGUCGUGCGUACACUUGACUUAUUACGACAAGACUGAUGUAUCUGCACCUGCAUCUUCUGUCGAGGCUCGCGCCCCCAAUACGCCUGGUUCGCCCAUGCCUCCGGUCACACCUACCCCCGUGCGUCGUACCUCGAACCUAGGCCCCGGCUCAGCACGCAGUGAACGUAUGACCACCAACACAGACACUCCCGAGACUCCAGUACGCCCGCAAGAGUCAGAGAAUCCUCCAGCCGGACCCAAGACCUUUGAACUCUCUUCUGCUCAACUCGCUGGUGCUGACCUUUGGAGGAUCAUGGAAGAGAAUGUCACCAAGGUACCUGAGGAUAACCAGUUUGACCUGCUUCAGAGAGUCCGCGUGGCUUCUGCGUUCCAAACAUCCAAGGCAGCUGUCCAUGAUCUGGUUGCAAUCAGGAUCUUGGCCAUUUCCAACCUGUCCUACGUCUAUGGCGAGACAACAUUCCACCAACGCAUCGGUCAGCCGGAUUCCGAAGAGCCCCGCCGAACUCAGCUGGCUCAGCAACUCACAGACAUGCUUCAGCCUCCCAGCUCUGGUCAGGAAGAGAUAUCUCGCGAGAUGAUGGUUAUUGUUAUUCAAGCCCUUGAGGCUCUGGCCAAGUGCAAAUCCAAGACUACCGAGAUUGCCAAUGCCCUCAACAUCACUGUCAGCCAUGGUGUUCUUUUCUAUGUUCUCAGAAAAAUUCUUGCUACUCUUGGUGAUGAAGAAGCCUCUGGUCAAGACCAUGAAUGGUGCAAGGACGUCUUCGAUCUGGUCAUGACCCUUACCCCGGCAGCACCACACCCGCAACGUAACGCGGACGUUCUUGUGGCCGCUGGCUUUGUAGGUAUCUUGGUUGAUAUUCUGAGCCUUCGCACAAAGCAAGCUGAGAUCUACUUCCCCAUUGCUCUUGGCUUCUUCGACAGCUUCAUUCACAAUGGAGUGAGAGACGCAUUCCAGGCCAUCGUCAACGCCAAAGGCUUAGAUGUACUUGCUGAUCUUACUGCUUUCGAAGUCCAGCGUUCGCUCGAGGCUGCUCAAAAGCAAGAGGGUCUACCCACAGAAUACAAGACCAAGAUCACCGACUUUCAAAUCCCUUUCAAUUCUCAACAGACUCUGCGCCAGCUUCUCAAGUUCGUCGCUCACAUGUACCACCACAACGUUGGCACGGAUGACCGCCUGCUACGCAAUUUCGUUGACUCGCCUCAACUUCUCGGUGCACUUCGCAUCAUCUUCGACAAUGCGCCUGUCUUUGGGUCAAACGUAUGGAGCGGUGCUAUGAACAUCCUCAGCAGCUUUAUCCACAACGAACCUACCAGCUACCAGGUCAUUGCCGAAGCUGGACUGAGCAAGGGUUUCCUCGAAGCUGUUACCCAGCAGUCGAUCACAGUCUCUGACGUAAUCGUCGAGAAUGCCGAGAACGAAGAUACAGAGAUCUCUGAGGAUAAGCCCGAUGAAGUGAUGGCUCAAAAGCCGACCGUACCGGAAGUUCCGACCAAGGAAGCUCCUUCUGCAGAGACAUCCAAGGCAUUGGGCAUCCUGCCUGUGGGAGAGACCAUGCGUGAGAUCCCCACAGCCUUCGGUGCUAUUUGUCUCAAUGAGAAUGGAAUGCGUAUGUUUCAAGCAUCACAGGCGUUGGAGAAGUUCUUAGAAAUCUUCGAGAGCCCCGAGCAUGUCAAGGCUAUGGAGGAAGAUGCUGAAGUUCCUCAAUACAUCGGUACUGCCUUUGACGAGCUUGUUCGCCAUCAUCCUCAACUCAAGGAGAGAACCUCAAACGCUGUUGUCGGCAUGGUCCGCAGUGUCAUGUCCAUUUGUCAACGUCGCGCUGAGACUAAGGGUGUUGGUGCCAAACUUUGGGUUCAGGGCGACAAGGGCUUGCAGGUAGCUGGAGGACGUGAUGCUUUGCGCGGCAUGUCUGAUACACAAGUCGAGAACGCAUAUGAUGCCGAUGACACCAAUUUCUCAGGUCGCGCUGAAGAUAUAUCGCCAGUCACAGAAACUGAUCUUGAAAGCGAUACCCUGGUCAAGGGUCGUGGUGGUGGUCAGUCUAGCUCGGACUUCAUCGCCAUGGUCUGCAGAUUCCUUGGCGGCUUCUUGAGUAACCAUAGCAUGGCAACAGCUUUCUGCGAGGCCGCAGGUGCCGAGACUCUGCUCGAUAUGGCAACUGCUGCUUGCAACCCAUACAACUUCCACGAGACUCUUGCUCAGCAGGAACUCAUCAGAGUGCUCCAACAACUGGUUGAACACAAGCCUCAUCUGAUCCUUCCAUCUCUUGCUCGACGCACACAGCUAGCUUAUUUCCAGCUAAGACCAUUGGCCGAUCACCCCGCUGGCAAGACCUACUUCAGCGAUCUGACCGAACCUUUGACGGAUUCAGGCUCUCAGAACAAUCUUGUGGUCUCAAACGCAACGUACACAGCCAAGGCAAUGGUUCAGGCUCAAUUCCUUUGCCAUGUCUUCUCUCAGGUCUUCUCCAUGCACGUCUACCAUGCCGGUCGUACUGUACCUCAUCACUUCUUCGGUCAAGUCAACCUUACAGAUAUCUACACUGACUUGAUCGACGACUUGGGUGAAUUAUACUCUUCAUGCGUCUGGGAGGCCAUCACAAUGCGCAACAACAUGCCUGAAGACUGGAAAAAGCAAAUCCACAUUUCUGGCAUGAGUUUCGACCAUAGUGAGGCGGACAAUGUCAUGGGCCUGUCUGCCUCUAGCAGCUCGCAGUCCACCAAUGCCGAGGCUGGAAGCGCUUCUCAAGGACAGCAGGGCAACGAGGCUCAAAAGGUUGAGGCACGUAACACUGCACAAUUCAAGAACUGCCAGAUUCUCGCGUCACUCUCUAAUCAAGUGUCCACCGGCAUUCUCUCUUUCUUCCAGGCUGUAGGCAAAUCGUUGCUGUGGAAGCACUCUUCGCGCACUAUUCUGAGCGAUUACCAGAAGCAGAACGCAGGCAAGAUGGCCGAGCACCUUGCACGCGCCCUAGUCAGCCACAUUGCAACUCCUCAGCCAUCAACCAUGUCGGAGGUUGAUCGUGUUGCUUACGAUAUUGUCGUUCUCACCUCGACGCUGCAGACGCUGGUUGACGAGCGAAAGACCACACGCACUGGCGGUACUCACCGUGAAGUGUUCUCUCUGGUGCUUCUUGCGUUCUACCAAAAGGGCGGUUUCGGAGAAUUGGACAAAAGUCUGCAGCAAUUCAGCAAGCUCAUCGAACAGCACAAGGAAGCUUCUCAAGACUCUUCCACCUCAGACCAGGUUACAUCUUCCAAGCGUAUUCAUGCUCUGGCACUCGCUGGUAUCGACAAGAUUCUGGAGUUCUACAACAAGAUCAGUCAUUCCAAGAACAUCACCGACGCUCAGCAGACUAACGUUAUGGCUGUCCGGGAUCGUCAAAAGAGUGAUUUCUUCAUGGGUGCGCAGUUCGUGGUCGAGCUCCGUAACGCUGUACUCCCUCAAAUCAGUCAGAUGUGGAAGUCGUCUGUCAUGGAGGCUUUACCUGCACACAGCGUCAAGUCGAUUGUCGACUUGCUCAAACUCAUCCUCGAAGGUGAAGGCGAGGCGAACGCCGUCAAGCGCAAUGAGAACCUGAAGCGCCGUGUCGCCGCCGAACCUCGCAAGUUCAAGAUGCGUCCAGAUUCUAAGGACGCUCUUGUGGCGGAAGGUCACGAAGACGAAGAGCUUUUGAUCGAGGCACUCUACCGUUGCAACAACAAUAUGGCAGCCGCCAAAGAGUACUACGUGCUACGAAGGGACAACCCGGACAGCCACAUACCUCUAUACCCUUUCCCUCACGAAGAAGAGGCCGAGCCGCCUGUCCAGGAGUCAUCUGACACGACAAAUCAGCCCGCCGCAUCUGGCAGCGUACCUUCGGUGGAGAUGCAGGACGCGGACGAAGCUGGUUCAAGCACACAAGACACUGAUGGUGAUCGUUCAGAGGCCGAUCUGCUUCUGGGCAAUGGAAAUCGCCGUUUGGUGCUACCUCCAGACAUGCUCAAUGGCGGUCUUGCAGAAGUUCUCUCGAACGCCCUCGGCGGUGGAGAAGAAUUGAUGCGUGCUCUUCCAGUUCACAGGCGACUAUCAGAUGAGGCUCAAAGACCCGCUGAUGUUGUGACAGAAGAGAGUUUCGUUACUGUUGAUGAUCUGGACGACAAGCGCAAGGACAUCAAGGACGGACUGAUCGAUAGAUGUCUCGAUGUUCUCAACACUCACACAGAUGUCACUUUCGAACUUGCAGACCUCAUUACAGCUGCUGUUACCAAGGCCGGCCAAGACCAGUCAUCAAAGGUGGAGAUCGGCGAGACGUUGGUUAACUCCCUAAUGUCUCUCAGACCUGAAGAAGGUACUCCUCUCGAGGGCAAGAAGAUUGCUUCCUAUGCUCAUCUGCUCGCAUUGGUCAUCCAAGACCGCGACUUCUUCAGUGCAGCUCUUGAUACUCUGACGGAGAACUUUGAGUACUUUGGCGGUUUCAUCAAGAUGUUCCAAGGACAGAAGCCGGACGAAACUUCGCCUUGGGUCAGUAACGUGCUUCUCAUUAUUGAACGCGUUCUUGCCGAAGACGAGAAGCCUCAGCAGAUACAAUGGACACCACCACCAUUCGAGGAACCUCACAAGGAGCAAGACGUCGUCGAGCUCAAGCCUCCAAUUGUUUCUGACGAGAAGAAGACCACGAUCUUUGAUGCUCUUGUUGAGAUCCUGCCCAAGAUCGGCAAGGAUGAGACCCUUGCUCUCUCGGUCACCCGUACGCUCGUGAUCCUGACUCGCCGUCGUGCUCUCGCAAAGAAGCUUGGCGAGAAGCUUUCAAUCUCAAGGCUCUUUGUCAUGAUGAAGCAACUUGCUGGUGUUGCAGGUGAACGUCUCCAGAGCACUUUCCUCAUCUUGCUCCGUCAUAUCAUCGAAGAUGAUGAGACCAUUCGCCAAAUCAUGCGAACUGAAAUACAGUCUACAUUCGAGAGCAAGGGGAUGGCCAGGAGCUACGACACUACGCUCUACACUAGAACCCUUUAUCACCUCGCACUGCGCAGUCCCGAAAUAUUUGUUGAAGUCACAAACGAGAAAGUUCAACUUUCUAGAUGGGACAACAGCCGUCCUGGUGGUGCACAGCCGCUCAUGUUGAAGAAGGUGGAGAAGUCCGAAGAGGCCAAGAAGACAGAGAAGUCUACUGAGGGCGAACCCAGCGCUACCACUGAGCGACCCACUAUUGAGCGUACCAAGACUAGUGAACUCAAACCUCCAUCAAUCGAGAAUCCUGAUGGCGUAAUUCAGUUCCUGCUCAAGGAGCUCUCCUCGUACAAGGAUGUUGAAGACAAGGAAGUGCAGCUUCCUAAGCCUGCUUCCCUUGAGGCUCCUCCUGCCGCCACUCCUUCGGAUGUUGAGAUGUCUGACUCGACUCCUACCCCGGUGGCCGAACCUGCGCCCGCCCCAUCUGCGGACUCUGAGCCUAAGCAAUCUGACAACAAGCCGGUGUUCAAGGCUGAUCAGCACCCGAUCUUUGCCUACCGAUGCUUCAUCUUGCACUGUUUGGUAGAGCUCCUUGGAUCUUACAAUAGAACCAAGAUAGAGUUCAUCAACUUCUCACGUAAGGCUGAGUACCAGGUGUCUACACCGUCAAAGCCUCGCUCCGGCCUCUUGAACUACUUCCUCACUAGCUUGAUCCCGCUUGGAUCUCUGAGCCAUCCUGAAGACAUCCCAUCAAAGAAGCAGGCCGCCACUGCCAACUGGGCUAUUAACACUAUCGUCUCCCUCUGCUCGAAGACCAGUGAGCGUGUAAUUAGCUUGAAGAUCUCGACCAGCGACGAAGAGUCUGAUCUCGCCUAUGUUCGUAAGUUUGUUCUGGAGCAUGCUCUCAGAGCAUACAAGGACGCAAUGGCAUGUUCUGAGCCUCUCGAUCAGAAAUAUGCACGUCUACUCAGCCUGAGCAACCUCUUCUACCGCAUGUUGACCGGUAAGCAACAAUCCGGCAUCAACCACUCCAUGCUCGAAAUGGUUACGAUCUCACAGAAACAGCUUGGCCGCUUCAUGUAUGAGAAGAACUUCAUCACCGCUUUGACAUCCUCCAUUGCCGAGCUUGACCUCAACUUCCCUGGAGCCAAGCGAGCAGUCAAGUACAUCCUUCGACCCCUCAAGUUGCUGACAGACAUUGGUGUCACAUUGAGUAUCUCUGGAGACGUCUCUGCACCCGGCACUACUGAAGAUGACGAAAUCUCUUCCGCCACCUCCGUGUCUGACGACGACAACGAGCGUGAAGAAACUCCCGACUUGUUCCGCAACUCUACCCUGGGUAUGUUCGAGGCUGCAAACAGCGACGACGAUGAGGAUGAGUCCGGUUCGGACGAGGCCGAAGAAUACUACGAGGGUGACGAGUAUGGCGAGGAAAUGGACUACGAUGAGUACGAAGAAGGCGGUCCCGGUAUGCACGAAGGCGACGUUAUCAGUGAUGAAGAUGACGAGAUCGACGGCAUGGGACCCAUCGAAGGUCUUCCUGGUGACAUCGAUGUCGAAGUUGACAUGGACGAGGACGAGAGCGGCGACGAUGAUGACGACUCCGACAUGGACGAAGCCGACUCAGAUGAAGGCGAUGAUAUAGAGAUCAUCGACGAGAUUACUGGUGACGAUGAGAACGCCAGCAUGGAAGAAGAUGAUGACGACGACGACGAUGAUGUUGACGAUGACGAAGAAGACUGGGACGACGAGGAUGAUGGUGAUGACCCUUACCAGCAUGGGGCUCUCCCUAUGGACGCUCUUUUACCUGCGCAUGGUGGUCCAUUCGGUGGUGCCGUCGUCCUUGAGGACGACCGUUCAGAUGUCAUGGACCAAAUGGAUGGCGACGAUCCGGUCAUGACUCUCGAUAUGGGCGGACCCGAGGGUUACUUCGAGGAUGAGAUGGCCGAGGAUGACGAAGACAAUGAGGAAGACGAAGAUGAAGAAGUCCUCGGCUACGAACCCGAACACGACGAUCCCGAGAACGACGAGAUGGAGUGGGGAUGGGAGACCGCUGCAAUGCCUUCAACUCACGGAUGGCGCCGUCCUGGUGGUCCCUUCUACACUAUGGAAGACCCUCCUCUUGGACUGCCUCGCUCACAUCGUGGUGCUGCAGGUGGUGGCGAUCAAGAUGGCACUAACCCUCUUCUUCAACGAUCAGGCGGCAAUUCCGGUCCCCCGCCUCGCCCUGGUGAUAUGCACGACUGGCUUCACCAACACCGCCCUAGACUUGGCGGCCAGGAUGGACUCUCCUUUGUCAGCGAUCUUAUCCAGAUGGUUGGCCCCUCGGGAGCUAGAAUCAGUGUCGUUGAUGGCUCUGGUGCUGGCAGAUUCGGACUGCCUGAUAUCCGCGCCAUCCAGCGCAUUACCAGAGGUCUUACCGGCCGCGACGCACCCUCAAGCGGAAGAGCUUCUUCUAGCGAUCCCGUUGCAGCUGUUUCUUUCACGCCUACACUUACUAGCCUUCGUUGGCAAGAAGAGGCUCGCUUGUUGUUCGGUCACCAUCACCUCGAGAGAGCUAUGAAGCUCGUCGACUCCUUGUUGCGUCUUCUCGUGCCUCCUGCUAUGGAGGCCAGGCGUCAGAAAGACAAGGCUGAUGCUGAGCGUAGGGCCGCUGAAGAGAAGGCUCGCGAGGAACAGCGCCAGAAGGAAGAGGAAGAGCGUCGUGAGCGUGAGGCUCGUGAACUGCGUGAACAAGAAGAGCGCGAAGCCAAGGAGGCCGAAGAGGCUGCAGCUCGUGCUCGCGAGGCUGCUGAGCGUGGCGAGACCGCUGAAGGCAUCGAGAGUAUGGAAGGCGUCGAACAGCCUGCAGAAGAUGCCGCAGAAGCUGCACCCAGAGUUAUGACCAACAUCCGUGGUAGAGAAAUAGACAUCACCCACCUCGGCAUUGAUCUGGAAUAUCUGGACGCACUUCCCGACGACAUGCGUGAGGAGGUCAUCAUGCAGCAAUUCCAGGAGCAACGCUCGCAGGAGAGAACUCAAGACACUACAACCGGGCAGCCUAGUAGAUCCAGCGAGAUCAACCGCGAGUUCCUUGAUGCGCUGCCGCCGGACAUUCAAGCCGAGCUGCUUGCUUCUGAGGCCGCCGACCGUCGCCGUCGUGAACGCGAUGAGCAGCGCCGCAGAGCCGCCGCCAGCGGCAACGCUCCUCCUCAGGCUGGUGAUAUGGAUAUGGCAGACUUCUUCGCUACCCUGAAUCCAGCUCUUCGCCAGCAAGUCCUCUUGGACGCUGACGAUGGCACGCUUGCCGGCUUCCCCGCCGAGUUCCAAGCCGAAGCUCGCACUCUUCUAGGCAACAUCCAACGUCACCGUGGUGGCGCUCGUGAGAGACGCGAGACCGAUCGUGCUCAAGAUGAACAGGAAGCUCCAGAGCCAGAAGAGCAGCGUAUCCGCAGACCUGUUAUCCAGAUGCUCGACAAGUCCGGCGUGGCUACCCUCCUGAGGUUGAUGUUCGUCGCCAUGCAGGACAGCGCACGUACCACAAUGCAGGCAAUCUUGUCAGAUAUCUGCAAGAAUACCCAAAACCGUGCCGAGGUUAUCAGUGUUCUCCUUUCCAUUUUACAGGAUGGAAGCUCCGACGCUAAUGCUUUGGAGAAGAGCUUUGCACAUCUCACCCUUCGUGCUAAGCAAAUCUCUGGGCAAAAGACGCCACAGCCUCUCAAGCGCGCUUUGACUGGCACACAAUUCGCAUCACCCAGCGGAGACGUCUCGCCUCUUAUGAUUGUUCAGCAGUGUCUUUCAACAUUGACUCAUCUCGCCAACGAGAAUCCUCGUGUCAGCUCGUUCUUCCUUUCUGAGCAUGAGACCAGUAUCAGCCAGAGAGCCAAGUCAUUGAAAAAGGGCAAGGGCAAGGAGAGCAAGGCCGCCAAGUAUCCUCUCAACGCACUGCUCACCCUCCUUGACCGCAAGUCUAUCAUUGAGAACUCUUCCGUCAUGGAGGGCUUGGCUUCUCUACUCAUCCGCGUUACUGAGCCUCUGAAGAUUCUUCUCAGAAAGGCAAAGGACGCUGAAAGAGAAAAGGAGAAGGCUGCUGAGACUGCUGCCAGUGCAUCUACUGAUGUGCCCAUGACUGAGGGUGAAGCUUCGACCACCACAGAUGCGCCCGCCGAGGCUGACAAGCCGCAAGAGCCUGUCGCAAAGACAGAAGAGAAGAAGAAGCACAGAGACCUUACUCCUCCCGAGGUUCCGGAAGAGAACCUGCGCUUGGUCGUCAACAUCAUCGCUGCACGCGAGUGCAACGCAAAGACCUUCCAGAGUACACUAGAUAUUAUCAACCAUCUCUCAGCCAUUCCUGGAGCCAAGGACACCUUUGGCAAAGAGCUGGUCCACCGUGCUCAAGACUUGGGCGAUGCUGUUCUUGUUGAUCUGCAACAGCUGGCUCCUCAGAUCCAAAAUGCUAAGACUAGCACCGAUAUUCAGGGUAUUGCUUUGGCCAACUUCUCGCCUGCAAGCUCUCAUCAGAGCAAGCUAUUGCGUGUCUUGUUAGCGCUCGACUAUCUUUUCGACCCCAAGCGAUCUGCAUCUCACGACAGACAAUCAUCCUCAGCUGAAGCUUUGCCUUCAAAAGCCCGCCAGGAUCUGCUGUCAACGCUCUACGAGACUUCGACAUUUGCCAAGCUCUGGUCUAACUUGAGCGACUGCUUGACUGCCAUCCGCGAGCGUGGCAGUAUAAACAACGUCGCUACCAUCCUUCAGCCAUUGAUUGAGUCAUUCAUGGUUGUCUGUAAGAACACUACUUCCAAGGAGGCCAACCUUGCUGCUUCGCAGGAGCUGUCAAUCGGCACCCCUCAACCAGACUCGCGUAUUGAGAAGCUCUUCUUCUCCUUUACCGAGGAGCACCGCAAGAUCCUGAACGAUCUCGUUCGCAACAACCCCAAGCUCCUCAACGGCACAUUUGAUGUCUUGGCCAAGAACUCCAAGGUACUCGAAUUCGACAACAAGCGCAACUACUUCACCCGUAGAAUGCACACUCGCAACUCCGAGGAUCGCAUUGCCCAUCCUUCAGUCCAGCUCAACAUUCGUCGUAAUCAGAUCUUCUUGGACUCUUUCAAGAACCUUUACUUCAAGACGCCCAACGAAAUCAAAUACGGCAAGCUCAACAUUCGCUUCCAUGGCGAAGAAGGUGUUGACGCUGGUGGUGUUACCAGAGAGUGGUUCGCAGCUCUCUCAAGACAGAUGUUCAACCCCGACUAUGCUCUCUUCAACCCUGUCGCUUCCGACAGAACGACCUUCCAUCCCAACCCCAUGAGCGGCAUCAAUGAUGAGCAUCUCACCUUCUUCAAAUUCGUUGGUCGCAUCAUCGGAAAGGCCAUGUACGAAGGCCGUGUCUUGGACUGCCAUUUCAGCAGAGCCGUUUACAGACGUAUCCUUGGCAAGCCCGUCUCGCUCAAGGAUAUGGAGACUCUGGACCUUGACUAUUACAAGUCGCUCUGCUGGAUUCUCGAGAACGAUAUCACUGAUGUUACCUUUGAGACGUUCUCGGUUGAAGUCGACAGAUUCGGAGAGACUGAGACUGUUGAUCUGAUCGAGAAUGGCCGUGACAUUCCCGUCACUGAGGAGAACAAGCAAGAGUACGUGCGUCUGGUUGUUGAGCAUCGUCUGAUCAAGUCANGCUUCCACGAAAUCAUCCCCGCCGAACUUGUCUCAAUCUUCAACGAGCAAGAACUCGAACUUCUCAUCUCGGGUCUCCCCGACAUCGAUGUCGACGACUGGAAGAACAACACCGAGUACCAUAACUACCAGCAAACCUCGCCACAAAUCCAAUGGUUCUGGCGCGCUGUCCGCAGCUUCGACAAGGAAGAAAAGGCCAAGCUUUUGCAGUUCGUCACUGGUACCUCAAAGGUCCCACUCAACGGCUUCAAGGAGCUCGAGGGUAUGAAUGGCUUCACCAAGUUCAACAUUCAUCGUGAUUAUGGCAGCAAGGACCGUUUGCCUAGCAGCCACACUUGCUUCAAUCAACUUGACCUCCCCGAAUACGAGACUUAUGAGCAGCUGAGACACCAGAUGUACACAGCCAUGACGCAAGGAAGCGAAUAUUUCGGCUUUGCCUAA